AUGAAACCAAUUAACUACAAUGACGAUGAUGAACUCUAUAAUACCCUCUGUAAAUAUUCAACUUUUAUCUCAUAGUCUACCCAAACUAAAGAAAUAAAAGAAGUCAUACACUCAUUACUAAUCCAAAUAACAACAACCUGUAAAAAUUUCAAUCAUAAAAUUUUAAAUAGCUAAGAAUAAAAACUGUUUGCUCAAUAGAUAAAAUAAAUUCAAAAGAAUUUUGUGAGAAAGCUAGAAAUACAAAAAGAACCCAAUAAAGAAUAAAAUAAAGUUUAAAAUAUAUAGAAUCAAUCAAAUUAACAUUCUUUUGGAUUUUUUUAACCAUGCAACAACAUAUUAAAAAAUACAUAAAAAUAUUAACCCUCUUUAACUCAAAUCCAGUUUAAAAAUGAAAUACUUCCAUAACCUAUACACCCUAGAUUCAAAGUUUAAGAAAAUUUGUAAUUUAAGAAAAGUCAAACUUUAGAUAUUUGCAGUGUAUGUUUUUAACCAAAAGAUGCAGAUCAUCAAUGUAAUGAUGAAUAUGGAUUCAUUAAUUGUCCAUAUUGUAGUGAAACUAUAGUUAGGAAUUUUUUGGAUGACCAUCUUGUUGAUUGUAUUCCAUACAUAGAUCAUUAAUUUUCAAACUUAGAUAAAAAAGAAGAAUGCAUUAUUUGCAUGGAAGAUUUAGUAAAAGAUAAAUAAACAUUAAAAUGUUCUCAUUCUUUUCAUAAAUCUUGUAUUGAUUGUUGGAUAAUGAAAAUUCAAGAGUGUCCUGUGUGCCGAAAACCAAUUUGA